GCCCACAGCCAGGACGGCGGGCGGCUGCGCGCGGGACCCCAGAGCCGGGACCCGAAGCGGGGGCGCGGCCAGCCUCCCUGGUUCCCUCCCUCCUUGCCUCCCCCUGGAGCGGGCGACCAUGAGCACCGCGGUCAAUGUCGACGCCCUUCCGGAGUACGAGAAGAGUCAGAUCAAGAGGGCCCUGGAGCUGGGCACGGUGAUGACGGUGUUCAGCUUCCGCAAAUCCACCCCGGAGCGGAGGACCGUCCAGGUGAUCAUGGAGACCCAGCAGGUGGCCUGGAGCAAGACGGCCGAUAAGAUCGAGGGCUUCCUGGAUAUCAUGGAAAUAAAGGAAAUCCGCCCAGGGAAGAACUCCAAGGAUUUUGAGCGUGCGAAAGCAGUCCGCCAGAAGGAAGAGUGCUGCUUCACCAUCUUGUACGGCACCCAGUUCGUCCUCAGCACGCUCAGCUUAGCAGCCGACUCUAAAGAAGAUGCAGCUAAGUGGCUCUCUGGCUUGAAGAUCUUACACCAGGAAGUGAUGAGCGCAUCCACCCCCACCAUCAUUGAGAGUUGGUUGAGAAAGCAGAUUUAUUCUGUGGAUCAAAGCAGAAGAAACAGCAUCAGCCUCCGAGAGUUGAAGACCAUCUUGCCCCUGGUCAACUUCAAAGUGAGCAGCGCCAAGUUCCUCAAAGAUAAGUUCGUGGAAAUAGGCGCACACAAAGAUGAACUCAGCUUUGAACAGUUCCAUCUCUUCUAUAAAAAACUUAUGUUUGAACAGCAAAAAUUGAUUCUUGACGAAUUCAAAAAGGAUUCCUCCGUGUUCAUCUUGGGCAACACCGACCGGCCGGAUGCCUCCGCUGUUCACCUGCACGACUUCCAGCGGUUUCUCUUACAUGAACAGCAGGAGCUUUGGGCUCAGGAUCUGAACAAAGUCCGUGAGCGGAUGACAAAGUUCAUUGAUGACACGAUGAGAGAAACUGCCGAGCCCUUCCUGUUUGUGGAUGAGUUCCUCACGUACCUGUUUUCCCGGGAGAACAGCAUUUGGGACGAGAAGUAUGACGUGGUGGAUGUGCAGGAAAUGAACAACCCCUUGUCUCAUUACUGGAUCUCCUCAUCACAUAACACGUACCUCACGGGUGACCAGCUUCGGAGUGAGUCGUCCCCGGAGGCCUAUAUCCGCUGUCUGCGGAUGGGCUGCCGCUGCAUUGAGCUGGACUGCUGGGACGGGCCCGACGGGAAGCCCAUCAUCUACCACGGCUGGACGCGGACCACCAAGAUCAAGUUUGAUGACGUCGUGCAGGCCAUCAAAGACCAUGCCUUUGUCACCUCGAGCUUCCCCGUGAUCCUGUCCAUCGAGGAGCACUGCUGCGUGGAGCAACAGCGCCACAUGGCCCGGGUGUUCAGGGAGGCAUUCGGCGACCUGCUGCUGACCAAGCCCACGGAGGCCAGUGCCGACCAGCUGCCGUCGCCCAGCCAGCUGCGGGAGAAGAUCAUCAUCAAGCAUAAGAAGCUGGGCCCCCGAGGCGACGUGGACGUCAACAUGGAGGACAAGAAAGAUGAACACAAGCAGCAGGGCGAGCUGUACAUGUGGGAUUCCAUCGACCAGAAAUGGACUCGGCACUACUGUGCCAUUGCUGAUGCCAAGCUGUCCUUCAGCGAUGACAUUGAACAGGCUGUGGAAGAUGAACAGCCCCCGGAUAUAGCCCCCACGGAGCUGCAUUUUGGGGAGAAGUGGUUCCACAAGAAGGUGGAGAAGAGGACAAGUGCCGAGAAGCUGCUGCAGGAGUACUGCGCCGAGACGGGGGGCAAGGAUGGGACCUUCUUGGUGCGGGAGAGCGAGACCUACCCCAAUGACUACACCCUGUCCUUCUGGCGGUCGGGCCGCGUCCAGCACUGCCGGAUCCGCUCCACCGUGGAGGGCGGGACCCUGAAGUAUUACCUGACUGACAACCUCAUGUUCACCAGCAUCUACGCCCUCGUCCAGCACUACAGCGAGACGCACCUGCGCUGCGCCGAGUUCGAGCUCCGCCUCACCGACCCGGUUCCCAACCCCAGCCCGCACGAGUCGAAGCCGUGGUACUACGACAGGCUGAGCCGUGGAGAAGCGGAGGACAUGCUGAUGAGGGUUCCCCGGGACGGGGCCUUCCUGAUCCGGAAGCGGGAAGGUACCGACUCCUACGCCAUCACCUUCAGGGCCAGGGGCAAGGUGAAGCACUGUCGCAUCAACCGGGACGGCCGGCACUUCGUGCUGGGCACCUCCGCCUACUUCGAGAGCCUCGUGGAGCUGGUCAGCUACUACGAGAAGCACGCACUCUACCGGAAGAUGAAACUGCGCUACCCCGUGACCCCCGAGCUCCUGGAGCGGUACAAUAUGGAAAGAGAUAUAAACUCCCUCUAUGACGUCAGCAGGAUGUAUGUGGAUCCCAGUGAAAUCAACCCUUCCAUGCCUCAGAGAACCGUGAAAGCUCUGUAUGACUACAAAGCCAAGCGAAGCGAUGAGCUGAGCUUCUGCCGUGGUGCCCUCAUCCACAAUGUCUCCAAGGAGCCUGGGGGCUGGUGGAAAGGAGACUACGGAACCAGAAUCCAGCAGUACUUCCCGUCCAAUUACGUUGAAGACAUUUCAACAGCUGAUGGAGAGGAGCUGGAAAAGCAGAUUAUUGAAGACAAUCCCUUAGGGUCUCUUUGCAGAGGAAUACUGGAUCUCAACACCUAUAAUGUUGUAAAAGCCCCACAGGGGAAGAACCAGAAGCCUUUCGUCUUUAUCUUGGAGCCCAAGAAGCAGGGUGACCCCCCGGUGGAGUUUGCCACAGACAGGGUGGAGGAGCUGUUCGAGUGGUUCCAGAGCAUCCGGGAGAUCACCUGGAAGAUCGACACCAAGGAGAACAACAUGAAGUACUGGGAGAAGAACCAGUCCAUCGCCAUCGAGCUCUCGGACCUGGUCGUCUACUGCAAACCAACCAGCAAGACCAAGGACAACCUAGAAAACCCCGACUUCCGAGAAAUCCGCUCCUUCGUGGAGACAAAGGCUGACAGUGUCGUCAGACAGAAACCCAACGAUCUCUUGAAAUACAAUCAAAAGGGCCUGACCCGCGUUUACCCCAAGGGACAGCGGGUGGACUCCUCCAACUACGACCCCUUCCGCCUCUGGCUGUGUGGCUCCCAGAUGGUGGCCCUCAAUUUCCAGACUCCAGAUAAGUACCUGCAGAUGAAUCACGCCCUGUUUUCCCUCAAUGGGCGGACUGGCUACGUCCUGCAGCCCGAGAGCAUGAGGGCGGAGAAGUACGACCCCAUGCCGCCCGAGUCCCAGAGGAAGACCCUGAUGACUCUGACGGUCAAGGUUCUGGGGGCUCGUCACCUCCCCAAACCUGGACGAAGCAUCGCAUGUCCCUUUGUGGAGGUCGAAAUAUGCGGAGCCGAAUAUGACAACAGCAAGUUCAAAACAACAGUUGUGAAUGACAACGGCCUAAGCCCUGUUUGGGCUCCAACACAGGAGAAGGUGACGUUUGAAAUUUAUGACCCAAACCUCGCGUUUCUGCGCUUUGUGGUUUACGAGGAAGAUAUGUUCAGCGAUCCCAACUUUCUCGCGCAUGCCACUUUCCCCAUUAAAGGAAUCAAAUCAGGAUUCAGAUCUGUUCCUCUGAAGAACGGCUACAGCGAAGACCUGGAGCUGGCUUCCCUGCUGGUUUUCUGUGAGAUGCGGCCAGUCCUGGAGAGCGAAGAGGAGCUUUACUCCUCCUGCCGCCAGCUGCGGAGGCGGCAAGAAGAACUAAACAACCAGCUCUUUCUAUACGACACACACCAGAACUUGCGCAACGCCAACCGGGACGCCCUGGUCAGAGAGUUCAACGUCAACGAGAACCAGCUGCAGCUGUACCAGGAGAAGUGCAACCGCAGGUUAAGAGAGAAGAGAGUCAGCAACAGCAAGUUUUACUCAUAGAAGCCGGGCUCCUCGUGUAAAGGUGUCGUGUGUGCGCGUGUGUUUGCACGUAGGACUGUGUGCUCCCUUCGGACCCUGGGAACAGGCUCAGGUGUGAGGUCAUCCUCUCCUCAAGCCUGUCAGCUAGGUGACGUUUCUGAAGUCGACCCAAGUGGCGUGAGUUGGGGUCAUUUCCUGGUUAACUUUUUCGUCUUGAACAAUCUCUUAACUUAUAGUCUCUAUAGAGGACCCCCCAAACCUGCUCACAUUUGGCCUCUCGUGUUCCAAAGCUCACUGAAUAAAAGCAAUGAAAACUCUUGAUCAGUUAAAGCUUCUGUGCACGACCUGUAGAGUUAGCAGGAUUCCUUCUCUGGCCCCUAAAGACCCAGGUAAUUGACUUCCACAGAAGACGAGCCCCGUCUCUAAGGAACUAAUUCAUUAGAUUCUGGAAAGGAUCUGAACUAAAAGGCAACCGAUUUCACACUUAAGGCCAUCAGAAUUUACCAGGGCCCAGAGAGGAGCCCUAGCCCUGCCCCAGGUCAAAGCACUUUAACUACCACCAGCACGCUGAACCGACCUGCCCCCGUACAUGACCGGGGGCUGGGGGUGGAGCCCAUCCAUUAAGACAGAGACUUGCCUCGUGACUGGGGCAGUGGGGGUCGAGGGUGGACAUCCUGGGGCCUCUUUGAUUUACAGAGCUGAUCAGAGCCCCUGAAGGCUCGGCCAGCUGCUCACUCACCCCUACUCCGUCCACUUAUGAGCGGGCUGCAUAGCCACAGGGAAGCUCCGGGUCUGCAGCUGUCCACAGGCAAGAGGCCACUCACUGCUUAAGUGGGGUGACAGGGUAGCCUCUCUGGAUUAUCCAGUUUUCUGGAGCAGUGAGCGCAGCCUUAGGAAACUACAGAAAAUCUCAGAUUAGGCCACCCACAAAGGGGCAGACCCACCUAGGACAGCAUGGUCCUCCUCUACAUCUUGAGAUGCAGUUUAAUGACGUGUACAGUGUGACGCUUUAAUAAGGCUUUUUCAAGGCGAG